UAGAUUGAGGCCCGCUCGCGCAGGGCGUCACGUGCGCACUGGCUGAUUACAAUGUAUCGCUACGUGGCCGCUCAGCCAAUCAGCGCCGAGAACUGAUUUGCCCAGCGGUGUUCUUCUCCCAGCAUGCACUGCUCUGUGACAUGGAGACCGGCUGUGGGGGCUGCUGGGGAACCGGAGCUGCAAUCUGGUAUUCGAUGUUGCCCCGUCAUCUGCAGACUGUGGGUGGCAGAUGUUUUGCCCGUGCCGGUGAUUCACGACCUUUAUGCAUGAGUGGAAACUUCUUUAGCUACCCAUGGUGGACUGGAUAUUGGCAGCCAUCUCCUCACUACCCAGUAAACGGCUGGCAUCCUCAGGACAAUUCAAGGCCUUUUUAUUCUUUUGGUCCCCAUAGACCUGCCCCGCCCGGCAGCCAUACCCUUCCUUGCUUCCCCGCACAGUCAUUGUGGCUUCACGUAUCUCCUUUCAACAUGGAUGUGAAAGGAGAUGAACCGUUCAGAAAACGGAAGAAAAGUACGGAGGAAGAUGAGUACAGGCGUAAAUCGUGGACGAAGAGACCCUACCCGCCGGCAAGUGAUUUUCGGGUUCCACCCAUAGAUGGAACGCCAGAGAUGUGUGUCCCUACCAGUCCACAGACAGAAGCUAAAGCAGCUGAAGUAAAGAGGAGAUGGGAGGACUUCAGCCAUCAUUACCAAGAGAGCUCGAGUACAGAGAAGUUUGACUUCACAUUGAUGUCUUAUAACAUCUUAUCGCAAGACCUGCUGGAAGACAACUCCAGUCUGUACAGUCAUUGCCGGCGGCCGCACUUAUUCUGGCAUUACCGCCUCCCAAACAUCCUACGAGAGCUGCAAGAAAUGAAUGCGGAUAUUCUUUGUUUACAAGAAGUUCAAGAAGAUCACUAUCAAGAACAGAUCAAGCCCCGUUUGGAAGCCCUUGGAUACACAUGUGCCUUCAAAGCCCGCACCGGGAGUAAACCAGACGGUUGCGCCAUUUGCUUCAAGUCUGCUAAAUUUAAGCUGAAGCUAGUGAAACCCGUGGAAUAUUUCCGGCGCGACAUCCCCCUCCUGGACCGAGACAACGUUGGUUUGGUGCUAAUGUUACAACCUAAAGCCAGAGGAAGAGAUGCCUCGAUGAUCUGCGUGGCGAACACCCACCUGCUGUACAACCCCAGGAGAGGGGACAUCAAGCUCACCCAGCUGGCCAUCCUCCUGGCGGAGAUUACGGAGGUCGUGCAGACACCAGAGGGGGGGUUCUGUCCGAUCGUCUUAUGCGGGGACUUCAACUCUGUGCCGGGGUCUCCGCUUCACCAGUUUAUAAAAGAAGGAGCACUUCACUAUGAGGGAAUGCCGAUUGGGAAGGUAUCGGGCCAAGAGAAGUACCCAAGAGGACAAAGGAUUCUGUCUAAUCCAAUAUGGCCGAGAAGCUUGGGCAUUAACCAGAAAUGCGUGUAUAAAUCUCCGGAAACAAAUCAGGAGCGGCUAGAGAGGAGUUUAGAAGAACAAACCCCAGAGGAGCAGCGGGUGGAAUCUGAUAAAAGUGUGGAAUCCAGAUUGAGGCAUCACUUCAGCCUGUCCUCUGUAUACUCUCAUUAUUUCCCUGACACCGGCAUGCCCGAGAUCACAACCUGCCACUCCAAGUCCGCCAUCACUGUGGAUUACAUCUUCUACUCUCCUGCAAACACUGAUGUCUUCAGGCAGCCAGGCUCUGACGUCUCAUGUAAUGGUCUGCAGCUCCUUGGACGGCUGUCACUUCUCACCGAGCAGGAUCUGUGGAGCGUCAAUGGUCUUCCCAAUGAGACCAUCUCCUCCGAUCACAUCUCAUUGAUGGCCAAGUUCCGGCUGGAGUUAUGACUGCGCCAAAUUCCCCCGUUUUAGGUUGUUGUUUUGUUCUGUAUAGAUUGACAUCAGCACAGAUCUUUUAUUUAUUCCUGGUUUUAUAUUUGUGUUUUAUUGAAUUUCCUUUUGGUUUGAAACAUCUGAAGGUUAUUUGUUUUACUAAAGUCUUCUGUUUGUAAAAUGGAAAAUCUGUAAAUAUUUUCUUAAGAAAAAAAUGAAUCUAUAUGAAAAAUAAAAGCUUGGCUGCUUUUUUAAU